CAUUGGGACGCGGGGUCUGUAAAUCUGUUAUUGAUCACAUGAUCAAGGGUGGACUGGCCGUAGCUGAACUGGGUGCGGGAACAGAAACUUGCACUUGUGUUGCUCUGCCACCCGCCUGCCCUUGUUCCGAUAUUAGCAGCACAGCUCUGCCUUCACCCCAAAAGCGCGGAUCUCACUCUGAGCCCUUGCGUUUACAACAAACCGACUGCUCGACAAUGGGACCCCCUCCGUAUCCCGGCCAUGCUAUGGAUCGUACUCCAAAUAAAGCGCUUUUCGCUUGAGACAGAAACAUAACAGGCUUGUUUUUUUGGGAGUGACUCACCUCCCCUUCCCCAGAGUUUGAUUUAAAAAAAAAAAAGAGUUCACAACCAAGAUGGCCGCCGAUCCCAUGCAGGCUCACAUGGUUUCGGACCGGCUGGGCCUGGGGCACAACCUUGACCUGUCUGAUACCAUGGUGCAGCAGAAGCUAGACGAAAUCAAGGAGCAGAUCAAGAGGGAGAUCCGCAAAGAGCUGAGGAUCAAAGAGGGGGUGGAGAACCUUAGAAAGGUCACCACAGAAAAAAAGAGACUGGCGUAUGUUGAUAAUAUACUCAAGAAGUCCAACAAGAAGUUAGAGGAGCUGCAUCAAGAGCUGCAGGAGCUCAACGCUCAUAUUGUGGUGAAGGACCCAGAGGAUCUUCUCUUAGAGUGCCCUCUUACGCUGGACAGCCCUAAAAGUGAAGCACGGACAUGCACUAUCAGCAGCAGACUAGCAGCUCUAAAAAAACAGAACGACAUUGAAUUGAAGGUGAAACAGGGGGCCGAGAACAUGAUCCAGAUGUAUUCAAAUGGUUCCUCAAAGGACAGAAAACUGCUUGCAACAGCUCAGCAGAUGCUUCAAGACAGCAAAACCAAGAUUGAGUUCAUCCGAAUGCAGAUUCUCAAAGCCAGCCAAACCAGCGAGCUCAGCUUUGACAACAAUGAUGUCAUUGCCAAACCCAUCAUCAGUCCUCUGGACCUGCGGGUGGAGGAACUCUGCCAUCACACACGGAUAGAGUAUGCUGUAGCAGAGGGGGCCAAGAAUGUCAUGAAGCUCUUGGGCUCUGGUAAACUGGCUGAGAAGAGGGCUCACUCAGAGGCCCAAGCCAGGUUUAAUGAGUCCAGCCAGAAGCUGGAUUUGUUGAAAUAUUCCCUGGAGCAGAGACUCAAUGAGCUUCCAAAGAACCAUCCCAAGAGCAGUCUGAUCAUGGAGGAGUUAUCGCUUAUGUCCUCUCCAGCCCUCAGUCCUCGCCAGAGCUUCAUAUCGACACAGAACCACAACAGCACUGUUAAAAACCAGUACAGCACCAAACCAGCUGCACUCACAGGCAAAUUAGAGGUUCGGCUCAUGGGAUGUCAGGACCUGUUAGACAAUGUUCCUGGUCGUUCUAAAGCCACAUCGGUGCCGCUGCCCGGUUGGAGCCCCAGUGAAACGCGCUCCUCUUUCAUGAGUCGUGGGAACCGCAGAGGAACCAGCGUUCGGAAUCUCUCCAAAAAUGACGAAUUGUCCAAUGAGAUUAGUGCUGUUCUGAAGCUUGACAACACUGUAGUUGGUCAGACCAGUUGGAAACCUGUCAGUAAUCAGUCAUGGGACCAGAAGUUUACAUUAGAGCUAGACCGGUCUCGUGAGCUGGAGAUAUCUGUGUAUUGGAGAGAUUGGCGGUCCCUUUGUGCUGUGAAAUUCCUGCGACUGGAGGACUUCCUGGACAACCAGCGGCACGGAAUGUGCCUUUACCUUGAGCCACAAGGGACUCUAUUUGCAGAGGUUACCUUUUUUAAUCCAGUCAUUGAGAGAAGAACCAAACUCCAAAGGCAGAAAAAGAUCUUCUCAAAACAACAAGGGAAACCCUUCCUACAGGCCUCGCAGAUGAGCAUCGGUACAUGGGGCCGGCUGGUGAGGAGGGCCAAUCUCUCUCCCAAUAACUCAUUUAGUCCUCAAGUGGCAGAGCUGGCAGCUGAGACUGGACAAAGCAGUCACCCAGGAACCCCUGCUCUGAGGAGUGACCCAACAGUGACAAAACUGGACUUUGACAAAGACGCUACAAGAAAGCAUUACUCUCCUGUUAGUGUAAGAGAAGUCUUGCCUAAGGACAGGAUCCCAAACAAAGAGCAAAAACAGGACGCUUUGACUUCAUUUGACUACCGAAAUGACAGAAAUAGCAUCAUUGUUCAAUCUGAGCUUGAAGAAGUCGUGGAACAUGAGACUCAGCCGUCAGCGUUACAGCUCAACACAGAAAUAAGGGAUGAAGAGGAGGAAGAACAGUUUCAUUUCAGUCUUAAAGACUUUAAAUGUGUUGCAGUGUUAGGCCGUGGCCAUUUUGGAAAGGUGUUAUUAGCGGAAUACAGUAUUACAGGUGAAAUGUUUGCCAUCAAGGCCCUUAAGAAGGGAGAUAUUGUCACACGUGAUGAGGUUGAAAGUUUGAUGUGUGAGAAGAGGAUAUUCGAGACUGUGAACAGUGUGCGACACCCGUUCCUCGUCAAUCUUUUUGCAUGUUUCCAGACCAAAGAGCAUGUGUGUUUUGUGAUGGAGUAUGCGGCGGGAGGAGACCUCAUGAUGCACAUUCACGCCGAUGUGUUUUCAGAGCCACGGGCCACGUUUUAUGCAGCCUGUGUCGUCCUGGGGUUACAGUUUUUACACGAGCAUAAGAUUGUAUACAGAGAUCUGAAGUUGGAUAACUUACUGCUUGACACAGAGGGAUUCGUCAAGAUUGCCGACUUUGGUCUUUGUAAAGAAGGAAUGGGUUACCGGGACAGAACGAGCACUUUCUGUGGCACUCCAGAAUUUCUGGCACCUGAGGUGUUAACCGAAACCUCCUACACACGUGCGGUGGACUGGUGGGGACUCGGCGUGCUUAUCUUUGAGAUGCUUGUCGGGGAGUCUCCAUUUCCUGGUGAUGAUGAAGAGGAGGUGUUUGACAGCAUUGUGAAUGAUGAAGUUCGCUACCCAAGAUUCCUCUCAACAGAAGCCAUCUCCAUUAUGAGAAGGUUAUUAAGAAGGAAUCCCGAGCGACGACUUGGAGCCGGUGAACGUGACGCAGAGGAUGUGAAGAAACAUCUGUUCUUCAGGAAUAUUGACUGGGAUGGACUUUUAGCAAAGAAAGCGAAGCCACCAUUUGUACCCACAAUCCAGAGUUCCAGUGACGUUAGUAAUUUUGACGAUGAAUUUACCUCAGAGGCUCCGGUGCUCACACCUCCCAGAGAGCCUCGGCCCUUGACCCAGGACAAGCAGGACCUGUUUGCAGACUUUGACUAUAUUGCAGAUUGGUGUUAGCCAUGUGUUGACAUCCCUCCCUCUCCACACACACACACACACACACACACACGCACACACAGAUACAGAAAAUGUGAAUCGGAUCAUUUGCAAAUAUCCCUUUUUUGUUGCAGUGUUAUUUUAGGAUUACCACAACCCCUUUUCCAUUUUAACAUGAAGAAGAAACUUUUAUUUUCAGGUUCGGGAUAAUUAUUCAAUUUCAUCAGGACCUAAGCACUGAUCAUGAAAAACAUAAACUGAGCAGUUUAGUUUACAACUGGACUUACACAAUGUACCAUGUGAUCAGGUGCCUCACUGACACCCCCUAGUGUUGAGGAAGUCAGCAGGCCACAUCCACAUUCUUCUUGCCACAGAAUUUCUUCAGUUAUACUGAGAACUAUGAGCCUUUGUUUUUGAAGCAUUUACAAUGCGUGUAGUUUAAAAAAAUCUGUCAGCUGUCAAGGUUAAUCCUGUGAAAGCGUUUUAAAGCCAUAGACCGAAAAAAUAGGUGAUACAUUGUACCUCAUCCAAUGAAUGUCAAGUUUGCCACUAUUUCCAAAUUAUCUAGCCAUUUUAUCUGAUGGAAUCUAUACUCUUCCCUACAAUGCAGUAUUAAUGCAUUAUGAUGCAAGUUAGAAUGAAAACCGCAAAUUACUACCAGUUACAACUCUAGUCAUGUCAAUGCUUUGACACAGAAAAUGCAUUUACUUCCAUUCAGUAAGUUAUUAUUAUUUUUAAUUACGUUUCAGGAUGGGGGUCAUGUGUUUUUUUUUUAACCAGACUCAAGCUGUCGGUGGAUUUACACUACGUUUAAAAGUUUGGGGUCAGUAGGAUUUUUAAGUUAAUACGUUAAUACUGUACGUAAUUAAACACUGAAAAUUCAGCUUAACCAUCACAGGAGUAAACCACGUCUUAAAAUGUAUUAAAAUACUGAACGGUAAUUUAAAGCGACACUAUGUUAAUUUUAGCGCUCUGGCGGUUAAUAAACAGAACUGCACGCUUCCCGCGGAAGAACAUUUUAACCGGUGCUACAUAAAGCUCUAAAUUCGAGAAUUCACCAAAUUCACAAGUGCGAUUCACGCAGGUAACUGCAACCGAACUGGCUAAAAUAAUCACUUAUAAAUGUAUCGUAGUGAUUUGGGAUAAGACAAAAACGCGUCUUGGUAGAUGAAUUUAUAAUGUACUCGCUCACUAUAUACAUUUUGCUAAUUUUGAACGCCGAAAAAGUUACAUAGUGUUGCUUUAAAAUGUCAAUAUUAUUUAACAAUGUUACCGUUUUACUGGAUUUUUGUUCAAAUUGAUUUUUCAAAGAGAUUUCUGUGAAUAAGGUUAAACAAUUUUACCAACCUCAAACUUUUAAACAGUAGUGUGAAUGUAACAGGCAAUCACAUUACCUCAUUGCCUAGUUGUUCCCUACUGAAAUUCCUCCAUUUUUUUUUCUUUUUUUCUUAUGUGGUCAUGAGACAUGACUGACUGGAAUAUAUACUAGACACCAAAUAUAUAUAUAGAAAUAUACUAAUAACUGGUCUACAUGUUCAAAAAUAGGCCUCUACCUUCAUAUGUGUAAUAAGCAAUUCAAGUGGAGUAGAAGAUAAUAGUUGGAGGUCUGAUGUAUUAUAUGGGCUACACUACAUAAACAAUAUCAAGCUGGAAGCACUCAUUUUUUGUUUAAAAUAUCCAUGUUUUAUCUAAAUGGUGGGAAAACAAAUGGACUGUACAAAGCUUUUCUACCCACUACUUGUAUGUUGGAGCAAGAUGCAGAAGAAAAGUUUCAAAGGUACAGUCGUGAAGUUUGACUUGACAAUGGUGUAAAUAACAGGUUUUGCUAAAAAAAAAAAAAGUCAAUCAUGAAUGCAAAAAUUAAAUGUUUAUUAUGUAA